GCAGUAGCCAUUCGUUUCCGUAGUUGCAUCAAUCAGAAUCUGUUGAGAAAUGGAGACUUGUUUUGCUAAAAAUGUCAUUUUUGUUUGGAUUGUGGCUAUCGCUUUAUCCCCUUUGGCAUCUGGUGAAGAAUGCUGCAAAGAACAGACAAGAGCUCUCUUGGAGAUCAAAAACGCCACAAAUGCUUCUUCCCUUGCGGGCUGGGACGGAAGGGAUUGUUGUGAAGCAAGUGAAAUCAUCGAUUGUAACGGUAUUGCUGGAGGAGUUACCAUAAUAUCUUUGAGAGGGGAGUACACUUCAUCAAGAAGUACAUGGUAUCCAAAUGUAACCUUGUUCACCUUAUUUGAUGAACUCGAAGAACUAACACUGUCUAACAUGCAAAUUGGAGGAGGGCUCCAAGCUUUUUGCGAACUGAAGCGAUUAAAUCAUCUAUCUUAUUUGGAUCUUCAGAAUAAUAGAUUGGAAGGCGUUAUUCCCUCUUGUCUUGGGAUGAUUGGAAAUCUUCAAAAUCUUAUUCUAUCAAAUAAUCGUCUUUAUGGUAAUCUACCUCCAUCAAUAUUCUCCAAACAAAGCAAGAUUCAGAUGUUUGAUGUUUCGGCCAAUCAAUUAGAUGGGGUUUUAUCAUUUUCUACUUUCGCCAAUGCUUCAAGUCUCCAAUACCUUAAUCUUUCGAGUAAUCGCUUUCAUGGUAAUCUACCUCCAUCAAUAUUCUCCAAACAAAGCAAGAUUAAGUUUUUUGAGGUUUCUGCCAAUCAAUUAGAUGGGGUUUUAUCAUUUUCUACUUUUGCCAAUGCUUCAAGUCUCGUGUACCUUGAUCUUUCAAGCAACUACAAUUUGGAAAUUGAAACCGAAUCUCCCUCAUGGGUUCCAACCUUUCAGCUAAGUUUUCUAAACUUGGCAAAUUGCAGCCUUAACAAGAAGAAUGGUCACGUUAUCCCAAGCUUCAUCACCACCCAAGUUUCAUUGUAUUGGCUAGACUUGUCUCACAACUUAAUAGAGGGAAGCAUACCUUGUGAGUUGCUAUUGAACUCGAGUAUCAGAGUUUUAUCCUUGGGAAGUAACAAAAUUGAUGGUUCUCUUUUUCUUGGUUGCUUUGCUAAUCAAACUUCAUCACUUAGAUCCUUCGACAUAUCAGAUAAUCAGGUCAAAGGUCCUCUUCCUGAAAAUAUUGGACAUCUUCUUCCAGGCUUAUCCAAUGUUGACAUGUCCUCAAAUGCAUUAGAGGGCAUCAUUCCUUGGUCUUUUGGUAAUCUGGCUUUUGUAAUAUUAGACCUUUCUAAUAACAUGCUCUCAGGGACAUUACCGCAAAAUUUGACUAGAGAUGGCACCCCACUGGUAUAUUUAAAUCUAUCAAACAAUAAAUUGAAAGGAGAAAUGCUCCCAAGGGACUCCAACAUGACAAGUUUGGAGAGCUUACAACUCAGCGGCAAUCAAUUUGAAGGAAUGAUCUCACCCGCAAUAUCAAACAGUCCCUCUCUGGUAAUCCUAGAUAUUCAAAACAAUAACUUGUCUGGUAAUAUUCCAAAGUGGUUGUAUGAUCAUCCUUCCUUGGUGGCAAUUCUUUUAAGUGGAAAUCACUUUGAAGGUCACCUACUCCGAAGAAUGUGUCAAAUGAAAAGUUUGAAAGUUUUUGAUAUAUCUGAUAAUCAUAUUUCAGGAGGUAUUCCCUCCUGCCUUGAUAACAUUACAUUAUGGAAGAAGAGUUCUCCAAGCUCUAACUAUUUCAUAGAAAAUAAGGGACAGUAUUACCCGGAACUUCCAAUUGGAAUAGAAUUAAAAUCAGAAAUUGUAACGUCCUUGCAAAUAAAGCAUGAGGAAUAUACUUUCAAAGGUAUCCCGCUCUCGUUGAUGACUUUAAUUGACUUGUCAUCUAACAAAUUGACAGGGAGCAUUCCUUUUGAAAUGGGAGAAUUGUCACAGCUUCGAUCCUUGAACUUGUCAAAUAAUUUUCUAACUGGCCCCAUUCCAAAUUCUUUUAAGAACUUGAAAAAUGUGGAGAGCUUUGAUCUAUCCCACAACAAGCUGAGUGGGGGAAUCCCUUAUGAAUUUGUUGGAAUGACUUCUCUAUCAGUAUUUAGUGUUGCCUAUAACAAUCUUUCUGGAAGAGUUCCAUUUGAGCAGCAGUUCUCAACUUUCGAGUCGCAGUGCUAUGAUGGAAAUCUGGAUCUCUGUGGAGACCCUUUGCCGAGAAACUGCUCACCUACAAACCAACUUGAACCUGGACAUGAGGAUGAAAAGGAAGAGACUAGAAUAAUCGAUAGCCCUUUAUUCUUCUAUGGAUUUGUUGCUGUAUCUUAUGCACUCGGAUUUUGGGUUUUCUUUGGGAUCCUAAUCAUUAAAAAGAAUUGGAGGCAUAUCUAUUUUAGAGCUGUUGACAAAAUUAUUGACUCAUGUUUUGAAAUGCUCUCCAAGUAUCAUUGA